AUGUAUGAUUGCUCUGUAUUAAAUGUGGGAGGUCGCUGCACAUUAUACUCAUUCGACUCUGAUCGUGAAUUUCGAGCGUAUUUCAACCAAGUCCUUCCAGUACGUCCUCAGCAAGGGGAUAGGGCAAAAAUUAUUUAUGGUGAUGAUGUUGGUAUCCAUGGAACGAUGGUUUCAGUCGAUAAUACUGAAGCAGUGAUAAAAACUGAUAAUAACGAUAUUGUACUAAGUCAUAUCGAUUCUCUUUGUCGUAUGGAAAACGUAUAA